AAUUUGACUUCACCUUUACGCCCUCUCCUCUUUUAUUUUGUCUCCUUCCCUACACCUUCCUUUCUAUAUCCCAAUCCCCUCUUACUAUAUAUACCUGCAACCAUAUCUCUCUUUUCCAUCACCUCAUCUUUCAAGUUACAACUUCUCACUUCUUACACUCUUUUAUUUUCUAUCUCUCUCUAUACAAAAUACAAACAAAUGGCCUCUCUUAUAUCCUCAUCUCUUCUCUUUAGCCUUUUUCUCACCAUUUCCCUACUUCACUUGAGCUCGGCUAGGAGACUCGCUGAGUCAGAGUCAGAGUCAGACCAGCAGUUACAAUUCAAAUACCACAAAGGCCCUCUCCUAACUGGCAAAAUCUCUGUCAACCUCAUUUGGUACGGCAAAUUCAACCCAUCCCAGCGAGCCAUCAUUGCAGACUUCAUCACAUCACUCUCCUCUCCCAAACCCAUCACCACCGCAUCACAAUCACAACCAACCGUGGCAACAUGGUGGAAGGCCACGGAGAAAUACUACAACCUCAUCAACUCCAACAAGUCACCCAAGCUAGCCCUCUCCCUCGGUUCCCAAGUCAUCGACGAGAAAUACUCUAUGGGCAAAUCGCUCACUGAUGACCAAAUCGUGAAGCUCGCAUCAAAGGGUCCCCAAAAACAAGCCAUCAACGUGGUUCUCACAGCCGCAGACGUAGCCGUUGAUGGACUCUGCUCCAGCAGGUGUGGGACUCACGGUUCCUCAAUGGGUGGACGCGUGAAUGGGAAGAGGUACAGAUUCGCAUACAUAUGGGUGGGUAACUCGGAGACUCAGUGCCCUGGUCAAUGCGCGUGGCCAUUCCACCAACCCAUAUACGGUCCCCAGAGUGCACCAUUGGUUGCACCAAACAACGACGUUGGUGUCGACGGAAUGGUCAUCAACGUGGCAAGUCUGUUGGCUGGGACUGCAACAAACCCAUUCGGGAAUGGGUACUUCCAAGGACCCAAAGAGGCACCACUCGAAGCUGCAUCUGCUUGCACUGGUGUCUACGGUAAAGGGGCAUACCCUGGCUACGCUGGGGACCUCCUGGUGGACCCCACAACUGGAUCUAGCUACAAUGCGAAUGGCGUCAAUAAACGGAAAUACUUGUUACCAGCUCUCUUUGAUCCUAAAACAUCAGCUUGUUCUACGCUCGUAUAGACGCACGUCGUGCUUCCCCAACUCUAAAAUUUUCCACUCUGUUUAGCU